GGCGGGCGGCGAGGCGGGUCCGGCUCUCUCGCUCGGUUCCACUCCACCCUCACAUCGGAGCCUAGGGUCCGGGGAGGCGGGAAGCACACGCCGCGGCGGCGGGACGGCGGCAAUCCACCGAGCUACCGGAGCAGGGAAACACCGCGGGCGCACGCCACGCAGCCCCUCCCGCUUCCCCGUCCCUCCCCGCAACGCGGGCGGGGCAGAUUCGAGGACGACCGGCAGACAAGAAUUUCUUGGCGAACAUAAGGUUCUGAAAAUUUAGCCAUUUCUUACUUAUGGACAACCCACACGAACAGCCAUUGCCCCCUGGUGUUGGGGCAUGGCCACCGCCACCUUCCGUUCAUCCUGCACAAUUUCACCCUAGUCCACAGCCUUAUGCAACACCUUGUGACACCGGACCCGAUAAUGGCAACAAUCACAAUAAAGCGAGCUACUCUGGUGCACAUCCCAACUUGCCUUUCCAUAACAUGGAUACUGGGAGUGCACUCUCAAACCAGACAGGUCAUGAUGUUUCUGACCAUAAUGGUAGUUCAGCAAACAUUGAAUCUACUGUCCAAGAGGCUGUUCUUCGUGAACAGGACAUUGAGACCCAGCAAGUCAUACAAAAUCAAAGACAAGCAAAUGCAACCAGUGAACCUGCACAAUAUGGAGAAGACAUACUUUCAAGCCGCCGUGACCCUAAUGCAUUGAAGGAGCACUUACUAAAGAUGACAGCCGAGCAUCGUGCAGACAUGGCAAACAAAAGGGGGAAGCCACUUCAUGCAGAUAAUGGCAAUGUUGAAAUUGGCAAUGGCUACGGUGUACCAGGAGGGGGCGCUUAUUCAAACUUGUCAAGUGGUCCAAUGAAUAAACCUAAGGAUGGAGCUGACAGAGCAAAAGGUGCUGAUCAUCUCCCCGAGUUUUUGAGGCAGCGGUUAAGAGCAAGGGGUAUUCUUAAAGAUGAGACAACAAAUAAUAGUGGAAUGAUUAAACAAAGUGUGGAUUCUCCUGUAGGGCAGAGUAAAGCUGCCCAAGAGUUGCCUCCUGGUUGGUCUGAAGCGAGGGAUCCAACAACUGGUGCUUCUUAUUUCUAUAAUCAGAGCACUGGAACGAGCCAAUGGGAUCGCCCCGGUGCUUCCAUGAACACCAUGCAACAUCAAGUUCCUCCAUCUUUGCCAGAGAAUUGGGAGGAGGCACUUGAUGAAUCAACAGUGUUGCGUGAUUUAGGCCAGAAAUACUAUUAUAAUAUAAAGACACAAGCAACACAGUGGGAGCCACCUACUGCUGUAAACCCAAGUGUUGUGCCGCAUGCUCCAACCAAUGCGGCAGUUGAGAUGGCUGCUCAAAGUACAGAUAUUUGGAACCCUCAAAUGCAGAGAUGUUUAGGCUGUGGUGGAUGGGGAGUAGGUCUUGUCCAGCCAUGGGGUUAUUGCAAUCACUGCACAAGGGUUCAAAAUCUUCCUUAUCAACAGUAUCCAUCUUACCCAAACAAUACAUCACACUCGAGUGGUACCAAUACUAGUAAAAAUCCAGGGAAUUUAGCAGCUAAGGACAGAUCAAGCGCAAAACCUCCAUUUGGCAAAGCAAACAGAAAAGAUCACCGUAAAAGAAAUCGCCCCGAGGAUGAUGAGCUUGACCCGAUGGACCCAAGCUCUUACUCAGAUGCUCCACGGGGUGGCUGGGUUGUUGGCUUGAAGGGUGUGCAGCCACGAGCAGCAGAUACCACAGCAGCUGGACCAUUAUUCCAACAAAGACCAUAUCCGUCACCUGGUGCUGUGCUGAGGAGAAAUGCAGAGGUUGCAUCCCAUGGCAAGAAACGUGGUAUGGCUCCGAUCACCAAAAGAGGGGAUGGCAGUGAUGGUCUCGGGGAGGCGGAUUAGAUUAACAAUCUGAGUGAAUUUUCUUUGCAACGAGUAGACUGUCAAAUCAUUUUGGCUUCGGCAAUGAGCUCACUAUGAGGAAGCAAAGGUGUACUGGAGUUCAAAAACUAGCAAACUGUCAGCAGUAAAUUUUAUGAGGAAAUUGAGUGCAGGAUAGCCCAGAGGCCAGAGCACUUGAGCUCACUAUGGUUUGUAGCCUAAGUAAAAGGGGAAAUGUGUCCAUCGGUGUAAAGUUCUCUUGAAUCUGCAAAAGUUCUCGGGUGUAAUUUUUGAUAGUGUGAAAGACUCGUACAUGAAUCAGGAAUAUGUCGAAUUAAUGUGUAAUUUUUGGUAUGAACCGGAACAUUUCUGUCGAAUACUAGAAUCGAGGGGGUUGUUUUGUGGAUAGUAUGUACUAAUGCUGCAUCUUGAUGUAAUUUACUGACGUUUUAAAGUUAGAUAAAAUUUAUGCCAUUUCAUUUCA